AUGGGAGCUACAAACCCCAAGCUUUCCCCUCAAGAGCAACUUAGAGUUCACCGCAGAGGUUUAAAAAAAGCUCAGAGAGAGCUUGAUCGUGAACGGUCCCAUCUUCAGCUCGAAGAAAAAAAAUUGAUUGCAGAAAUCAAAAAACUUGCUAAACAAAAUCAAAUCAGUUCUGUUAAAGUUAUGGCCAAAGAUUUAGUAACUUCCUCACAUGAUCAAACAAAAAAAUUUUUUUUGCUCAUGGAUCAGAUUGUUUUUAAAAAAAUCUAUAUAUAAAUUUAAAAUUUUGUCUUCGAAAUUUAAAAAUAAUCCUAUUCGAAAUUUGCUUUAAAGCAAUUAUUAAUUGAAUUUGUAAAAUUUAUUUUUAAAAUACAAGCUGUUUAAAUUAAACAGAAUUAGUUAGAAAUUUUAUCAAUUAUAUGCCAAAUGAUUUUUUUUUUUAUUUUAGCUAAUACUAACUCCCCCCCCCCCCUCCGUGAGCGAACAAAAAAAUUUUGUUCGCUCACGGAGGGGGGUUAAUUUUUUUUUUUUAAAAAAAAUUUAUAUAUAAAUUUUAUAAAAAAUAUAUUUUUUUCGAAAUUUAAAAAAAUCCUAAUUUGCAAAAAUUGGGAAGCAAAUAUUAAUUUAAUUUGCAAAAUUUAUGUUUUAAAACGCAAUUUGUUUAAAAUUAAACAGAAUUAGCUCUAGAUUUCAUUAUACUAAUUAUCACUUAUAUAUCAAAAUUUUUUUUCCAUUAAAAUUUUUUCUAUUAAAAAAAUUUUUUGUUCACUCACGGAGGGUGGGUUUUUGGUCAAAAAAAUGGCGAUUUUUCUAAUGGUUUUGUUCGCUCACGGAGGGGGGGGGGGGGAGUAAGGAUUUUCCAAUUGUUUUGUUCGCUUACAUAUAGGGAGUAAGAGUCAGAAAACAGAUUCAGAAAUUUUACGAAUUAAAAUCUCAGCUACAAGGACUAGAUUUCAGGCUUCAGACCAUGAGGUCAACGCAGGCUAUGUCGGAAACCUUGAGAGGCAUUACACCAGCACUAACACAAUUUAACAAAGAAAUGAACUUGCCUGAGCUUAACAAAAUGAUGCAAGAUUUUAAUAGGGAAAAUCAGAGGAUGGAAAUGACUGAAGAAAUGAUGGGAGAUGCAAUGGAAAUGGCCUUUGAUAAUGAAGGAGAUAUUGAAGAAAGCGAUAAUGUUGUAAACCAAGUUUUAAGUGAAAUUGGAGUAGAAAUAGCAGGGCAGCUAGAUUCCGGACCGACCGGAAAAAUCAAAAAUGGAAUGAUGGAAGAAGAAAAAACGCCACCGGUAGAUGAUUUGGAGUCAAGGUUUAACGCUUUGAAGUAA